UUUUCUGUUUUAUCUGUUAACUUUCUAAUAGGGGUAUGUAUCGAUUUGGAUCUUGGUUUGGAAAAUGAGAGAAUUUCAGAUGGUAACAUAACCACUUCUUCGGUACAAAAUGCCAACACACCAGCCAAGAAUGGUAGACUGAAUUACACAUCGGGAUCAUCAUGGUGUGCAGGAACGAGUGACACUAACCCAUAUCUACAGAUUGAUCUACAGACUCUUCAUAUCAUCUGUGCUGUCUCUACUCAAGGAAAUUCUCAAGCAGAUCAGUGGGUGAAGACCUACACUCUACAAUUAUCCAUAAAUGGGACAACUUGGACAGACUACAAGGAAGCUGGACAAGUUAAGGUGCAAUGUUUUUCUGAGUAAUAAGAAUUUGAGUACAAAAAUACAACUUGUUUACAUGUAUUUCAUGUAAUAACAAAUACAUGGACAUUGUGCUUACAAAUCAGUAUUUUUUGUUCUAACAUAAUCUCAUUUUUUCUUAACCUUAAGUCACCAAUUUACUUGAAGCCUACAGUAAUUUUCAUCAUGUAUCUGUAAUAUUACUUAAUGUUAUAACUUUUUAAAAUCUUAGGUCUUCAUGGGAAAUUGUGACAGAAACUCAGUGGUGAAGCAUGUUGUUUAUGGACUGCUGACAAGAUAUGUGCGUUUCCUGCCACAAACUUACCAGGGUUUGGUGUGUCUGAGAACAGAGGUGUUUGGAGUGAAACAAAAGCCAGGUAUAUGUCAGGCAUGAUAAUAUUACAUAACCAAAGGAGUUUCAAUAUAUACAUUUAUCAUAAUGCUGGCAGUGCAUGUGGGCAAUAUGAAACAAAUCCUGUGUUCUGAUUGGCUAUCUGAGCUCAUCUUGCUUGCUCAAGAUUGCCCUCUUUGAUCCUGUGCAAGAAAAAGUGGACUUACAAAGUUAGUAACUUUUGCAUAAUGCCAGUGAUAAAGUUGCAAAAAGAGGCAGAACAUAGUCAAAACAGAAAAAACAUAAGCAACAUUUUUGGGUUUAUUAUGCUACAAACACAGUUAGCUUCCUUCCCUGGCUCUUGAAAUUAACAAGUUAUUCUUGAUUCUUAUGAAAGCAAAAUGUUUAGCUAUAUAAUAAAUCCCUUAUUGACCAAACUUGUUUAGGUAAGAUGGCUGGUUAUUGACUUGGUUACUUUUUCUAUUUUUUGUGGACCUUUACUUUGUCUCUGUCAACAAAAUUAUGGAAAAAGGAACUUGGUUGGUAUACAGCCAUCUUGACCUCACACUUGGUCAAUAACCCAUUUAUAUAUUAUGUAGGUUUUAUAUUCUGGUAUUCUUUGAUACUUCUUGAAAGGAUUUGCCUGCUUAGCAAGUUCACUGUUCAAAAUUAAGUUUCUUUGAGAUUAUCCUUGUGGAAGGUUUUGUCAGUGCUAAGUGAAAUAUAGACAAACAAAGGCUUGACAAAUUGUAGUAUGUUGCAACUGUUAAAUCAACUGAAUAACUAGGCAAAAGGUAGUCAUUUUAUAACAGAAGUGAGCAAAUGAUAGAAAUAGCUUUAAUCUGAAAUGGGUAAUUCAUAAGCUAUUGCAGGAUUGAACUCUAACUUGAAACUAAUUGGCACAAAUAUCUCUUACAUGACACUAUUUGGUUCAGAGAAGUGUUGGUACAGUACAACUAUACAUAACAAAAAAAGGAAUGGAGGGAAAGCGAGGAAUUUGGGAAAAAAAGCUGCAUAAAUCUUUUUCUUUUGUUUUAUAAUAUCUUGAGUGGAACCACUCUGUUGCAAUGGUAAGUUUUUCCUGGCCCAUGUAGUAAGAUUUUCUUCAAUAUCUGUUCACAGAGAACCUUGCCCUAGAAAAGGCUACAACUCAGUCUUCAACAUUCAACAUUACUGCUGACAAUGUUUAUGGUGUGUCCGGAAAUGCAGUGGACGGAAAUCCUGACACUAACUUUUUAAAAGGGAGCUGUUCACAUACUCGGAAAGACAACCCCAGUUGGUGGAGAGUGGACCUGGCUUCAGACCAUGUUGAUGUCUCUGAAGUUCAUAUAGUCAACAGGUUCUCACAGCAUGUGGUUACUGAAGACUACAAAAUAACAUUUGGUGAGUUUUGUUAUCCUUUGAUCAAAUGUAAGGUCAACCAUGCAUACAUCACCUCAUCAUCAGCUGCUAAACAACAGGCCAGUUUGGAUGUUACAGGAAUUUUUGAAACCUCGGCUAAGCUGUUUUGACCUUGUUAUUAAUCAACCCAGAUGUUUUUUACUUGUCAUUGCUCAGUCAAUACAGGGCCUCAGUUUAAGAUUUUCUAGCAAGGAUCUUACUUGUGGUUUCUUGUAGAGUUCAGUAAGUACAUGUAGAUGGGACUGGAGUACUAGAACCAGGGUACUCAAGUGUCAUCAUUUGUCAACACUGUACCUUUACAUGGGACACUCAGAAGUUUACCUUCAGUAAUAACUUUUUUACCUGGCCACUCUGUUAAGGCUAUUAUGACACUUACAAAAUUAAUGCGAUUAAAUCCUUGUUUUGGUAGUUUUAAUUUCUUUUUAAUAUGCCAAAUAAAAUUUCCAGGAUGUUUACUUUGAAGAAGAAUCUGUUACAAAUUGAUCAUGUUUGCCACGUGGAACCAAACUCUACUAGUAAUUCUGACUUUCAAUGCUUCAUAAUCGGCAGGUAGCUCUGAUAAUGUGUUACUUAACUCCCCCUGUGGAGGACUCUAUGAUUUUCAUAACUUCACUGCAUCAGCUGUUUGUUUUACCAAUCCACUGAAAACUGGUAGAUAUGUAGGUAUUUUAACCACAAAGAAACAAAGUCUUCAGCUGUGUGAGGUAGAAGUCUAUUCACGAGGUAACUUUUCACUUACUCUUUAUACUAAACUUAAUGUAGUUGUGAAGUCACUUUUCCUCUUUUAAAAAUCUACUCAUCCAAGACUUUUUAUGUAUCUCAAAACAUAUACACAUUCAUGUAGGUUGAACAUACUUAUGUUAGCAUGUUUAAUGUACAAACUGUAUUUACCAUAAUUACUACAGCCAAAAGUCACAUUGAAUUUUAAGUUGCACAAAAGCCUUGAAAAGUACAUCUGAUUUUAUAAUUACAUUGAUAAACAAUUGAAUGUAAUCAAAAGUAGAUAAAUCGACAAGUGCCAUUGGAAUAUGUUCUUGUAGAGUGGAUAAAUUGAGACUCUUGUUUAAUCUCACAGAAACCCUUUAACCAUAAAGAUCUUAAAAAAGUUUUGUUGGGAAUUAUUUUACAGUCAUGCUUGUAAAAAAUGUCUUUUGAUAAGUAAUUUAAAUAUAGGUUUAUUUGCUAUUUGAAUAUAUGUAUAUUACAACACUUUUCCUUUCUUGAUAUUUGGGUCUUAAAAGUUACCUUUGGUCUGUUGCCUUAAUAUUACAGUAUCUAAGAAUAGUACAAUUUAUCUUCUAGUAUGUCAGCAGUUUUAAAUCUUCAAUUGUACAAUCAAUCAAGCAAUAUAAGUAUGUCUCUCUAUUAAUUUACCUGUUAAGGAUGACCAGUAGAAUUUAUAUAGUAGUACAUUGUAGCUUAAGAAUUGAGUAAAAUGCCACAAUUACAAUGGAGGUAUACUUUAAAUUUCAAAAUUUACACAUACACCUGUACAUGAUUUUUUCUUAUAUCAAAGUUAUUACAGUUUGGUGUCCUUUGCUUUCCAGCAAAGCUGGUACAUCUGUAGGCUGCCCAAAAUGUAAUAUCUACCAUCAACCAGUUUUUUGAAAAUACCCUUUGUUUUAAUUUUUCUAUAUAAUGUACAGUGUAACAAACAUAUUCAAUACAACUCAAUGCAACUGUCAUUCUAUGAUCAGUAUGUGGACAGCAAUCAUCUUUGUCUAAGGAAACUUUUUUUGUGUGUGUGUGUGUACAUUUUCUCCUAGAAAAUCUGGCAUUUCAAAAGCCAACAUAUCAGCACACAGAGACAAUAUUAAAUGGCACAAGUGAUAGAGCGGUUGAUGGAAAUAGCAAUAUGGACUUUUGGGGUGGAUCAUGUUCAUUUGUGAUAGACAAUCUAUUUCCAUGGUGGAGAGUGGAUCUAGGACAAGAUGAGUUUGUGACUGAAGUGUAUGUAGUCGGUUUACUUGAUGUAGAUCGUCUGAGAAAAUUUGAGAUCAGAGUUGGUAGGUUAAUACUCUUACAGUAAUGGUUAUUUUUGAAGUGGUCAAUGCACUCUUAGCUUAAUGUCCUCAAGAAAAGAGGGGAAAAUGGUGUGCUGGGGUUUCCAGCUUUGACAAAAGCUGGAUUGGACUAGGUUGGAUCAUGGUCAGGAUCAGGGAUCAUGGGUUGCAUCACAGACCAAAAAAAAAAGGUUUCAAAAAAUUAACCAAAAAAAAAAAAAAAAAAAAAAUAUAUAUAUAUAUAUAUAAAGAGAGAGAGAGAGAGAGUCUAUCUAGUGCUAAAUGCUAUGGUAGCAAAGCUAAGUAUACAUAAGUUAAAGAAUUAAAGAGGACGCAUCAAUGCUGUCUGAAUCAAUGUUUCCUCUUUAAUUCUUUAACUCAUGUAUAUAUAUAUAACUGUUUUUAAAAUAAUAAUAAAUAAAAAUAGGAUUGAAAAACUAAAACAUGUUAAUUUAACUUAGAAAUGUUGCAUGACAAGCCAAAAUGAAAUCUGCAUGACAUAAAAAAUUGCUUUACAUAAAUUGCACACAUGCAUUUAAGCUGUCAUAUUUAAACCAUUCUUACUCCUCACCUCGCCUCUUCUCUUGUGUGUGGUUGGUGAUAUUGAAUAAAGGAAAAGUGGCAUGAGAUGAUAUUAAAAAAAGUUAGUUAAAUGCAAGAAGAUUACAUUUUCAAUUUGAGUUACAAAAUAUGAUAAAAUACUUCUCCAGGAAAUCAAAGUGCUCAUUUGUGCUUUGGUCGAUCAAUACAUUCUCAGAAAUAAGAGAUUGGGAAAUUUCUAUCCGUUUGAAUGUUACUUCUUUCAGUGGAGAUGAUGAAAAAUCUGAUUUUCACCCUUGCAAAUGGAGGGGUCAACUCAUACACAUAUAAAUAUGAUAAUAACUGACUGAUGAAAUGAUUCGUACCUCUUGCUUGCCUUUGUCCAUAGUGGCACUACACAAAACUCCUUGACACAGCUGUGAAAGUGACUACAUGGAGUUUUGGAGCAAAAAAACUUCCAGUGGGGCCUACGCUCCAUUAUGUCAGGCAGACUUUUACUUUGAGGUAAUUUGGUAUUAUUAAUGAGUUGAUAACAUAAAUUAGCCUCUGUUAAUAUUUCAGAAGCUGAUGUUUCAAGUGUUAGCCCUUUGUCAAAGGGAAACAUUCCUUUGUCAUUCACUCUGACAAAAAGCGAACGCUGAAAAUGUCAUCUUUUAAAAUCUAAACGAUGGCCAAUUUAUUUACAUUAUCAACUCAGUUGAUAAUACCAGUUUACCUAGUCAUAUUCUCCCACCAACACAGCACCACGGUUUCUUCAGAGACUUAGCCCCUUAUUCAUUUAAUCUCAAAUUUUAUUUAUUAUUAUUUCAAUAACAAUUUGAUUUUUUAAAUUUUUCAAAACUUUUUUUUUCUGAUCCAUGAUCCGAUCCGAUCUGGUCCUAGUUUUGUCAAUGCUGUUGUAGUUUCCACAUUCUUGUCAACCCUCAGCCACAGCUAUUUCUGCAUGAACAUGCAUCAUAUAAUUGCUGUUAGGUUUAGAUGUUGGUGUUUUGAUUUGACAGUUGUACACAUAGAUACCCUUACACGGUUAUGCUCUGCUGAUUCCUGUUUACCAAAAGGAACUGAGUUUUAGCUUCAGGUAACUGAAAAACAUUGCCAUUUUGCUGAGUGGGGUGGCUGGCUGUGCUCUUUUAACUUUCUUUUCAAGUUGGAUGCAUGAUUAUGUUAAUUGGCUAAAAUCAUAAGUUUUUAUUGUUCCACAUGAUUUAACAAUAAAUGUGUAACAUGAGUCUGAGAAAUGGUACAGAUGUAAAUAUGUCCUAUUUUUUAAUUUAAUGUAAUACUUUUUAGUCCAUUUUUAUCCUUUUGAUUGAAAUCACUUAUACAUUUACCAGUGUUUGAAUGAAGUAUAGCUUAUGAAAGUUUUUCUCCAUGCAAAUUAGUCAUGUUUUCUUGUCACUUGACAUAUUGUCUUCACUGAGUUUUGUGGCCUGUACACAGUUUCCCUGAUUAAACUCAGCGACAAUGAAAUGGCUGCUGCCAAAUGACAGAAGGGAAGAAUCUUAAUAAUUUGAAGGAACAGGAGCAGUUUUGAUAGUUAAGGGGCUACAUUGAAAUUUUAGUGGGAGCUCCGUCUUGAUGAUGUGUAAAAUAACUGCCAGACAAUCAUGAGUAUUGGCAAGGACUAGCUUAUUACAAAUAAUAAUACUAAUAGCAGUAUCUAUUUCUGGUAAUUUGCUUGUAUUAUUGAGCACCAUGCCCUUACUAUGCAUAACUUUUGAGUCAGUCUAGCCUACGCACUAGAAAAAGUGCAGCUUUUAUUAAGGCAAGGCUAACCAGGGAGGUAAAUCUUGCUUGUUUUGAAAGUGGAUAGUAUUUGAUCAGUAUAUGUCUUAUUUUGCAGUCAUCUCUUUUAAGUUGUUUGUACUUUUUAACAGUGAUUUAUAAUUUAUGGUAUUCUUUCAGGCACAGUAUCAAGUAUUACUGAUACUAGUAUGACUAGUCCCAAAUGUGGUCGGGCAGCUACUCAUAACCUUCCUAAAGGAGUAGGUUUGUCAUUCUUCUGCCAUCCUAGUUUGAAAGGAAGAUAUGUCACCAUCAGGGAUGUUAGGCCAGGUCGAUCGGGAUUCAAUCUUUGUGAAGUUGAAGUGUAUUCAGAACAAAGAGGUAUGGCAUAUCUGGAUAUUUUGAAGAACUACUAUUAACUGCUACCUUACUGAGUUGAGGUUCCAAUCUACAUUCUCAGGAAAAUUUGCCAUUUAAUUUCUGUAUGUAGACAUGUAGGUACUUCAACAUUGUUAAAUAAGUGUAAACUGGUUGUGUGUAGCAGAUAAGUAUGAUAGUUUGGUUUAAAAGUUGAUAUAUAUACAUGUAUAAAUGUAUGUUGUGACCUAUUUAAACAUAAACGCUACAAAUUAAAAAUGUGGCCCUUUGUGAAACUUUUAUUAUUAACCUGUAAAUCAAUAGUAAAGAAUAAUGGAGUGGUUGUGUAGUUAGCUGAUGGUGUAAGAAGACCACAUGAUAUAAAUAUUUCAGUAGCUAAGAGUGAUCUAUGUUCAUGAACUGGUAAUUUGUAAGAAUCCUGUAAUAUAGUUUGUUGUUCUGGCAACUAGAAAUUCCUGAUGGCUUUUUUUCUUCAAUUAGAGGCCAAAAGGUGACAAAGUUAAUUAAUUUUUUAAAUUUUUUUGCCUUGAGUUUUCACUGAAGAAGAACUUACAGUUCUUUACACAAACUACCUCAAAUCACUAGUAAAAUCACUUGAGGUGUGUUUACAUGGUGCACCACUCUCUAGUGAUUGUUACUGUACAUGUAUGACAUACCAGCACUGAUUCUCUGGGUUGAAACCACAGUUUAUGGUAAUUAUGAUUGUCUUUUAACAGCAUGUCAUAGUCAGGCAAUUGGUGUGACCAGCAGUGAUGCAAUUCCAGAUGGCAGCUUCUCAGCCUCAUCAAAAGCUAAUAAUGACCGUGGACCUUCAGCUGGUCGUCUGAAUGGAGAUAACCGGGGUUGGGCACCAAAAACUAAUACUAAUCACACUGACUACCUACAAAUUGACCUGCAGUAUGAUUAUGUUAUCUGUGCUGUAGCCACUCAAGGAUCUGUCAAUAGUGAUCAGUGGACAACAAAGUACAAGAUUAAAUUAUCAUUGGGUGUCACCUUUAACACAUAUGAAGAAAACAACACUGAGAAGGUCAGUUUGAUAUUAAUGAAACAUCAUGCUAAACUUGCUUGAAUUUUUUUCCAAUUUUUUGAUAUUUUGUUCAUGUAGUUUCAUAAAAAUACACUUAACAGGUAAUUUAGUGUUAAUAACUGGGUUAAUAAUUGGGUUAGUGUUAAUAACUGGGUUAAUUAUCUGCUAUACCCUCCCACUGACAUAGUACCACAGUUUCUUUAGAAACUUACCCCCUUUAAAAAUACACUCAGCAGUGUUCUCCUUUUCAGGCAGUAACCGGUAACAUUUACCGCCUGUAGUACCUCUUAUUACUGUUUAAAAUUGCAUGGAAUUCUUGAAAAUUCAAUAGGUAAAAGGAUUGCUUUACCAGUUUCAAAAUUUAUUUUACCUGUCAUGCUUAAAAUAUAGGAGAACACUGACUCAGUCAAGCCUAAUUUUAUAGGCAGAAGAAUAAUGAGAUCAUGUGUACUAUAGGUGGCCUCGGUCGACAUAUUGGCCAAUACAUUGGCCAAUAUAUUGGCCAAAAGUCGACCGACAAAUGUGUACAUAUUGGGUGAUGCAUUGGUUGACUAUCGGUCUAUAUAUCGGUCGACUGGUUGACUGUCAACCGAUAGUCAACCGAUAUAUCGGUCUAUUGUCGGCCUAUAUGUCGACCGAAGCUACCUAUAGUAAAUAUGAUCUGAAUAAUGGACAGUUAUGUGAGAGCAUUUUGGUAAGAGUAAAUUUGAACCAGUUUUAUUACCAGGUCAAGUAUUGGUGGAAAUGAGUGAAAAAUCUGACAUGAGCUUCAUAGGUCAUGUCUUUCAGACUUUAAAAUGCUUAUUUUUUAAGGCAUAAUGUAGUCCAGUGUAUGAUAACCCACUAACAUGGAAUGUUGAUGUGGCUUGCAGCUCUGAUUUGAAGUGACUCAUUUUGUUUUAUUUAAACUAUUUUUGUUAGAAUUAGAGCUGUAAAUUAUCCUUUUUCAUCACUUUUGGUGAUGGUGUUUGCUACAUUUUUAUUGGUUGGUUGUAGGCUUAUUGAUAAUUCAAAGCCAAGGAAAACUGCUGUCACUUGUGCACGGAAAGUUGAAAUUUUCUUUUGAAGGGAAUAAACAUGUCAGUGUCUAUUACUGUUCUUUUUCAUUGAUAUCUUUAAUAUUUUAGGUCUUUAAUGGAAACUCUGGGAGAAAUGACAUAGUAAAACACGGUCUGAGGGAAUAUACCUUGGCAAGGUUCAUCCGUUUUGUGCCAACAGAUUAUCAUGGUUAUAAGACAUUGAGAGUGGAAGUUUAUGGAGUUCUCCUAUCUACAGGUACCAAUUCUAUUUUGUCUGUACCAUAUCAUUGAAAUCCUACAAGUGUUGCAAAAAAUGGAAGGGAAUAUUAUGACUCACUUUACUUAAAAUGUUACAUAAAAUCUCGUAGUCUGUAUACUGAUACCAUGCUGUAGAAAAUAUAGCCAAUCAGAAUUCAGGAGUUCAUUGUAUAUUUGAUGGUAUUGCACCCACUCAUGUUCAGGUAAUGAAAUUAAAUACAAGUGACUUUUGGGAUAUUCAAUGGUAUACUACUCAGCAUUACCAAUACUGAUACCAUGCCACAGAAAAUAUAGCCAAUCAGAAGGAAUUCAUUGUAUAUUUGAUAGUAUUGUGCCCACUCCUCUUAUUGUGUACUGUGAUGCAAUGCAUGCAAUGCCGCUUCUAGUGUAUUUCAAGUGCUGUUUGAGCCAUGUCAGAGCCAAAUUCUUCCCUCAACAUUAAUGUUCGGGUAAUGACAGACUAUGAGUGACUUGUGGGAUAAAUUAUUUCAUGAUAUACCACUCAGCCUUACAUAACUGGUAUAUAUUUGAGUGAUAUGUGUAUAUGUUCAGUGUAUAUAAUCACAUUUGUAAAUUAUCCCCUACAGAAAUCAGAAUUACCACUUAGUCACUCCCUAAAUGGCACUUAUUUAAUCCAUUGAGGAUGAAUGAAGUCACUUAGGUUCACUUGAUGUCAGACUUUAAAGAGCUUGAAAUUCUGACUUGAAAAGUUUUAGGGAGGACACAAGCACUGUGAUAGUACAGAAAUAAUGCUUCAUCAAUAUUAUAACAACUUUCAUCUGUGUUGACCGAUUCAGCUCCUUUAUAGGCAUGUGACCAUUGUGAAAAUAUCAUUAAAAUACCUUAUAAUCAUUUUUAUUCAACAUUCCAGUUCCGUCACAAGCUCCAGGCAACUUCACUGUGACUGCAAUCUCAUCUACUAGUAUAAAAGCAUCAUGGGCAUCACUGCCAGAAUAUGCCAGACAUGGAACAAUAACAGGUUAUAAGUUGUUUUACAGACAGAAGGGCUCAGUGGACAGUUUAGUCAUGGAGUCUGUUGCUGGAGCAGCAACAUUAACUAAAGAUUUCACUAAUCUUAACAAGUUCACCAAAUAUGAAUUUCAAGUGUUGGCUGUUGGAUCUCAUGGUGAGGGACCAAAAAGUUCUUUAAAGGUUGAGCAGACUUUGGAAGAUGGUAAGCAGCUAAAACUGAACAGUGUAGGUUUUAAGAAAUAUUUUAUUGAAAAACAUAAUUAUAGCUUAUUUGAAUAAGAUUGGAAGGUAAUAGUAUAUCUUGGCAGGUUUAGGCUAAUGAUAUGAUGCAGGAUAUAAUAUGAGAGUUAAGUUAUCAUUAUCAUUUUUUUUAUUAUUAUUAUUAUUAGCAGUAGUAGUAGUAUAAUGAGUUAACUUCCUUCAGCACUUUUAGUGAACAGGUAAAAGUGCAUAAUCUAAUUUGUGCAUUUUUUCUGCCAAAGAUCAAUUUUAUUUCAGUCUAGCUUAAAUAAUGACCUUCAUCUUCCAUUUUUUUGCUACUUUAGCACCAACCAUUCCUUCAAACCUUUCGCAGUCUGAGAUAAUGCCAGAUAAACAAGUUGGUCCCAAGAUAAAGCUCACCUGGUAUAAGCCAGCAGAAGAAAAUGGGAUUAUAAGGAGUUACACUGUGUUUUAUAGUCACAAUGAAGAUCCUUAUAAUAUUCACACUAAAACAUUAAAGCAAAACAUGUUCAGUUAUACAGUAGAUGUGUUAGGUGGGGCCAUCUAUCAGUUCCACGUCAGAGCUGCUACAAUCAAACAAGGAUCAAAUGCAACCUUGUCUGUUGCUGUUAAUGAUUAUGGUAGGUGUAAAUCAGAAAUUAUUAUAAUCAAUAGGCUAGUUUUGAUAUACUAAAUUCUAACAUGGCUGCAAGGCUAGGGGGAAUGAAAUAAAAGAAACUAAUCGUUCGGUUCUCAACCUUGAUGUGAUUUCCUUUGCUUUAUUCCCCUAACCCUUGGUGCCAAGUUUGAAUUUUAAUACAUUGAAAAUGGCCUAUUAAUUUUACUUUCAACUUUAAUGUUAUUUGAUAAGUGUAGAUGGUAAGUGAUAUCAAGGUAGACAAGUUGAGAACAGCUGCAUUAUAGGAGUGGUAAAGGAGGGACUCUCCUUAUAAACUCCAAGUGCUUUCCAAUGUAGUUUUGAAGGACUGGUGAACAUGAUUAGUCAACAUCAAUGACUACAUACCUAAAAAAAAUAAAAAUUUGAUGAAGGGGGAAGGAGAGAAGAAUUACCGAAAUACAAUUUAGAUAAACUUUGAGGAUAAAUUUUUGAUCAAAUGUGAUUCAGAAAUAAUUAAUUAUUAAAUUUUUUUCGUUCAAUGACAGACAGCUGACCAUUUAUCUGAAUUGGUAUAUUUUUUUAUUCCCUUUUGUCAGAACCCAGUGUAGCACCAAAUGAUGUGUCUUUCAUUAGACUGAACCAAACAACCUUCAAUAUUUCAUGGUCACCCCUGACAAGAAAAGAGAGUUAUAGCAAAGUUAUCUCAUAUGAGGUCAAGAUAUCAUUGGUGUUGUCUGGAAGUCGACAAAAGAGAUCUCCAGCCAACAGCAAAACUGUUAACACAACAAAAGCAUUUGUUAUCCUGUAUGAUAUUCAGCCUUGUUACAAUGUGUAUGUCCGAGCAUACACUAAAGCUGGCCCUGGACCAUAUGGUCAACCCUUACCUCUGGAAUUGAGUAAG